AUGACUGCCGAAGACUCCCUGCGACUGCCUUCUGCGCGGGACCUUGCUCAAGAAGUUCCCGAGGCAAUAGUUGAGCUAAGCUCUGACGACGACGAACUUGACUUGGAAGAUAAAAUCAAGUCACAACCUCUUCCAUCAAAACGUACCGUUGAUCAGGUCGAGUUCGCCCAAUGGGUUCGCCAGAAACAAAAGCGUAUGAAUGAACAGAGUCUCGCCGAGUCAACCGAGCCCUUCGGAAAAGGCCCUUUUCAGCCCGAAGAUAUAAAGAGCAUAAUCUCAGGUCGACUUCCUGCUGACAAGCAAAUUAUUUCCAGCCCUCGAGAGUAUCAGGUCGAACUCUUCGAGAGAGCCAAGGAAAAGAACACCAUUGUCGUCCUGCCCACAGGAACCGGCAAGACCCUGAUUGCAGCUCUUCUUACGAGACAUAUUAUCGAGCAAGAACUCAUUGACAGAGCCUCCAAAGAAUUUGGCAAUAAGCCACGAAUUUCCUUCUUCUUGGUCGACAAGAUUUCUCUUGUGCACCAGCAAUGGAAAGUGUUGAGGGCGAACCUGGCAUAUAAUAUCGCCAAAUUCCAUGGAGAAAUGAUGGGUUCUGCCCUUACCCAGGAAUUUUGGAAGCAGCAACUCGAAGAAAACAUGGCGAUUGUCUGCACGGCCGAGAUUCUGCGACAAUGUCUAUCUCACGGCUACUUUGGCAUGGACCAGAUCAACCUCAUUGUCUUUGAUGAAGCACACCACGCCAAGAAAAAUCACCCUUACGCAAUGAUAAUCAAGGAUUUCUAUCUCGAACUGGGAAAAGACUGUCAAAGACUGCCGCGUAUUCUGGGCAUGACUGCUUCGCCAGUCGACGCCAAGACUGAUCUUGCCGUGGGCGCUGCCCACUUGGAAGCUCUUCUCCAAGCAGAAAUCGCCACAGUAGACGAUCCAUCUCUAAUGAGAGCUUCUUGCAGCGAGGACGGAACAGCCCUAGAGCGAGUAGCUGAGUAUUGGCUGGCACCAGAAGAUUUCACAACUCCCCUGUGGCAGAAACUUCACAGCUUCAUAGGGAGGAACGCCAUGUUCCGGAAGCUCUUCUCGUACGCCAGAGCUUCGACAAAAGAGUUAGGUCGCUGGUGUGCUGAUCGGAUAUUCUAUCUUUGCCUUACAACGCAGGAGCUGGCAAAGGCAAAGGCAAAGACGGAAAGAAACUUGAUGACACUUCGAACUGAGACUCUGGUCUCUUCUAUCGAUAUUCAAACUGCCUUGAUAGAUAAUGUUGGCCAAAUACUCUCAGAACAAGAGCCGCCAGAAGUCUCCCAGUCGAGCCAUCACUUAUCAAACAAGGUGGAAACACUUCUCGAGAUCCUCACGGAGUACUUCAAACCAGCAUCUGAUAAAUGCAUCAUCUUUGUUGAGCAGCGACUCACUGGCGUUGUACUAGCCGAUCUCUUGAACCAGCCAAGUUUGAGACUACAUGGUCUCACUGCAGGAACAUUGUUGGGCGCAGGACCACAAGACAUCGGGUCAUCACAAAGCAUGUCCAAUUAUGAACAACAGCGGGCGAUACAAAAGUUUCAUACAGGAGACCUUAAUGUACUCAUCACCACCACCAUUGGUGAAGAAGGUCUCGAUAUCCCGGACUGUAAUAUGGUUGUCAGAUUUGAUCUUUACCAUACCAUGAUCCAGUACAUCCAAUCCAAGGGUCGCGCCCGGAUGAAGGAUUCUAAAUACUUCCACAUGGUGGAAAGGGGCGGAGAACAAGUACAAAAGGUGUUUGACAGUCAAGACAAGGAGGCAGUCCUGCAUAGGCUCUGUCUUGCCCUACCAGAGGAUCGCUUGCUCAAGGGCAACGAUUUUGACAUGGAAUUCUUCCUUCGCCAAGAAAAGACCAAACGUGUCUACAAGGUCCCAACUACUGGAGCCAAACUGACUUAUGAAUCGAGUCUGGUGGUUCUUGCAACAUAUGUGGCGUCAUUGGCCGACCGUCCCGACGUGGCUCUGAAAGCAGAUUACAUUGUGAGAAGUGUCGGGACAGAAUUCCAAUCCGAGGUAAUCUUGCCCGAUAAUUCACCAGUCAAGAGUGCAGUCGGUCGGCGUGCCAGUUCCAAGCAGGCUGCCAAAUGUUCCGCAGCCUUUGAGGCUUGUCUGAAGCUGAGAAAGUGCAAUGAACUGGACGAAUAUUUGCAGUCAAGACGCAAGAAGCGCUUGCCAGCCAUGCGAAAUGCCCAACUGGCGCUGAGCUCCAAGAAGCGGGCUGAAUAUAAUAUGAAAAUCAAGCCAGACAUAUGGAACGAUCGCGGAUUGCCUGAACGUCUGCAUGUCAUGGUCUUGAGACUUGAAAGCCCCGAGUCUAUGGGCCGGCCUUCACGUCCACUGCUACUGCUCACACGUAAACCCCUGCCCCAGGUGGCAAAAUUUCCCAUCUUCUUUGGCAACCAACAAACAUCGAUGGUCGAAUGCUUUCUUUUGUCCCGGGAAAUAACUGUUUCUGUGGAUCAGAUCAAAGGACUGACAGAUUUCACACUUCGUAUUUUCAAGGACGUGUACAGCAAAGGAUACAAGUCUGAGCCAGAAAAGCUUCCGUACUUUCUCGCACCAUCGACCCGAGACCAUGCAUCUUCAGCAUUGAAACAGAUUCAAGACGCAUCCAAAAUAAUCGAUUGGAAGUGCAUUGAUAUGCUUCAAGCCCGUAGUGAACUCGAGAGCGAAAAUCAACCCGAGUCCUUCUGGUUGGACCGAUACGUUACGGAUCCGCACGAUGGCUCUCGCAAAUUUUACACCAGAAAGCUCAGAGGCGAUUUGAAACCUACGGAUCCUCAGAUCGUCAAUGCAAAGGGUCUCGGCGAACAGCGCAAACGCCGCAAUGCUGCGAAAGACAUUUGGAAUUACAGCAUCAGCAUGUGGUCCAAGUCUCGCAGUCAUCUCGAGGUACGAGACGAUCUGCCGGUGAUUGAAGCCGAAUUCAUUCCACUUCGGCGCAACUUGCUUGACGAGUAUGAGAAGUCUGAUUAUGAGGGUAACACGUGCUAUAUAUGCUUUGCCACAUUGAAAAUAUCAGCGCUACCGGUCGAUGUUGUGGCCAUGGCAUACACUCUUCCAGCCAUUAUCCACCGCCUAGAGUCAAACUUGAUUGUGCUCGAAGCUGUUCAAGGUCUUGGUCUCCAGAUACGCCCUGAGCUGGCCCUCGAGGCCAUGACCAAGGACAGUGAUAACUCAGAUGAGCAUUCUGCGGAACAGGUCAACUUUCAAAAAGGCAUGGGUAACAAUUAUGAGCGCCUUGAAUUUUUGGGCGACUCAUUUCUCAAAAUGAGCACCUCGAUUGCCCUGUACACCAUGUCCCCCGAGGACAGUGAGUUCGACUACCAUGUCGAUCGAAUGGUUCUGAUAUGCAACAAGAACCUCUUUAACAAUGCCUUGGAGCUCAAACUCGAGGAGUCGAUCCGAUCCAAGUCGUUCAAUCGUCGAACUUGGUAUCCGGACGGCUUGGAGCAGCUUAGCGGCAAGUUGAACCACAGCAUCUUGGGCAGGAAGGGAGCAGGUAGAGGCGUUCACAUGCUCGGAGACAAGUCGAUUGCAGAUGUAUGUGAAGCGUUGAUUGGUGCAGCCUACCUCACGGGCAGAGACAGCAAUAGCUUUGACCUGGCUGUCAAGGCUGUCACGACCUUGAGCAACUACAAGCUCCAAAACAAGAACCACACCAUGGUGGCGUAUGAAGAGUUUUUCUCUGCUUAUGAGGUGCCCAAGUGGCAGUCGGCCAAGCCAACAGCAGUGCACCUCGAUCUUGCCGAUAAGAUUGAGAAGAAACUCGGGUACAAAUUUGAGUAUCCGCGUCUGUUGCGUUGUGCAUUCAUCCACUCGUCGUACGGCUUCAUAUACGAGCAUAUUCCGUCGUAUCAGCGUCUAGAGUUUCUCGGUGACUCGCUGCUAGACAUGGUUUGUGUCGAUUAUCUAUUCCACCGGUACCCUGGUGCCGACCCGCAGUGGCUCACCGAGCACAAGAUGGCAAUGGUCUCGAAUCAGUUUCUGGGUUGCCUCUGUGUCGCGCUCGACCUACAUCGUCACUUGAUGUGCAUGACGGCGGAAAUGCCACAGAUGAUAGCCACCUAUGUCCAAGAAAUCACUUCCGCCCAAGAAGCCGCCGAGGAAGAAGCCGUUCAUGCCAACCAGGCUCGGUCCUCCUACUCCCGCAACUUUUGGACGUCCGUCAGGGAGCCCCCCAAAUGUCUACCGGAUAUCGUCGAGGCCUAUAUUGGCGCCGUAUUCGUCGACUCCAAGUACGACUACAGCCAGGUCGAGGCCUUUUUCCGCAACCAUGUUGAGCCCUACUUUGAGGACAUGCACCUCUACGACACAUUUGCCAACAAGCACCCCGUCACGUUCUUGGGCAACAAGUUGCACUUGACCUAUGGCUGCGCCGACUGGCGCGUCAUGGUCAGCGAGAUGCCGGCCGACACCCCCGGCGGCUCACCGGGCGAGACCCAAGUCGUUGGCGUUGUCAUGAUCCACGGCGCCGUCCGCGCCCACGCCAUGUCGGCCAGUGGCCGGUACGCCAAAGUUGGCGCCGCCAACCGCUGCCUCGCCCUUCUCGCCGACAUGUCCGUCGACGAGUACAAGACGUCUUUUUCGUGCCAGUGCAAGCCCGAAGAUGUGGCUGGGAGCGAUGCCAACAAGCACGCCACUGCCGUCUGA